UGCAGCACCCGCCAAGGUCCUGCGCUCUUCCCGCCCCUCCCCUCCCCUCAACUCCCCUCACCUGGGAGUUGCCAAACAUCUCCAUCGGCUGGGCACUAGGAAGGGUUGAAUUUCUACCGUUAGCGCCUUUUUACAUUUUCCCCGAGCUCACGUCCGUAAAACCCACUGAUUUUUUUUACUGCACGUUUUAUGAGAACAAGACAUUUUCUAGGAAGAUGGUGGCAGAAAAAGAGACCCUGAGCGUAAACAAAUGCCCAGACAAGAUGCCGAAGAGGAGGACCAAGCUGCAGGCGCAGCAGCCGCUCCUGGCGCACCAGCCUCACGCCCUGGUUUCUGAGGGCUUCACAGUCAAAGCCAUGAUGAAAAACUCAGUCGUGAAAGGCCCGCCCACGGCAGGUGCAUUUAAGGAGAGACCGACCAAGCCCACCGCAUUCCGGAAAUUUUACGAGCGCGGAGACUUCCCCAUCGCCCUUGAGCAUGACUCGAAAGGGAACAAGAUCGCGUGGAAGGUGGAGAUCGAGAAGCUGGACUACCACCACUACCUGCCCCUGUUUUUCGACGGGCUCUGCGAGAUGACCUUCCCCUACGAGUUCUUCGCGCGGCAGGGCAUCCACGACAUGCUGGAGCACGGCGGGAGCAAGAUCCUCCCCGUCAUCCCGCAGCUCAUCAUCCCCAUCAAAAAUGCCCUGAACCUCCGGAACCGGCAGGUCAUCUGUGUGACGCUCAAGGUCCUGCAGCACCUGGUGGUGUCGGCGGACAUGGUGGGCGAGGCCCUGGUGCCCUACUACCGUCAGAUCCUCCCCAUCAUGAACAUCUUUAAGAACAUGAACCUGAACUCCGGGGACGGCAUCGACUACAGCCAGCAGAGGAGGGAGAACGUGGGCGACCUGAUCCAGGAGACGCUGGGGGCCUUCGAGCGCUACGGGGGAGAAGAGGCGUUCAUCAACAUCAAGUACAUGGUGCCCACCUACGAGUCCUGCCUGCUCAACUAGCCGCCGGCCACCGGGCGGGGCCGCCGGGGGAGGGGCCCCGUGCUCCGGUCACGGGUCUGCGCGGGGCUCCUCUCCUUCUCCGCCUCCUCCAGCCGCUGGGACAGUGGCCUCGGCCGGGCGCGCGCCCGCUGGGAGCAAGGCUUCCCGAUACAUAAAUUGUGCCUGUUUCUUAGAUUACAA